CGUGCUUCUAUUAUGUCAAGAACAUUGCAAUAACUUAAAUGAAGAAGUUUCUUUUGUCCAGAUUCUUUUGUUAGUCACGUACGAUAAAUGCAAGCCAACUAUAUCUAUAAUGAAACUUAUUAUUAAUUUUUCAAAAUACAGCCGAAUCAUCAAACUGAAGAACCGCCUCAAGGUCCCUCAAACAUUGGCAAGCGAAGCAACAAGUAUUUUCAUGGAAACAAACUAUCCAGAAGUCUGUAUACUUGUCGUUCUAUACGCCAUUGUGGUUCUGACUGGCUUACCAGGAAACAUUCUCUUCAUCGUCGUGGUAAAACGAACUCGUUCGAUGCAUACAACAACAAACUUCAUCCUUGCAAACAUCGCCGUUGCCGAUGCCAUAACUCUUCUGUUUUGUUUUCCUGGAGUGCUGAUGCAAUUUGUAGUGGACCAUCAUCCGGGAAAUUCCUUUGGAAGCUUUCUUUGUAAGUUUGUCACCAUGCAUCAAAUUGCUGGUGUAACUUUACUAGUUUCUGGCCUAAGUUUGACACUAAUUUCAAUCGCGAGACACAACGCUCUGCUUCGGCCAAUGGAUGCUAAACUUCGAUUACGAAAGAAACAACUUCACUUAGCUGUUAGUUUAAUCUGGUUGUUCUCAAUCGCCUUUGUUUUGCCACUUUUUGUCGAACAGAAAUACGUCGACGAAGUAGAGAGCUGCCACAUGGACUGGAAAGCGCCCGUGUCGAAGGCUUACUGGGGAUUUUUGGCAGGACUCACUCUUCUUUCGUGGGUUGUAAUGUUCGUGUGUUAUUUUCGCAUAGUUAAAGGAAUCUUGUGCGGUAGUAUUUUCUCAUCCAGCUCAAAUCAAUGCGAAAACGUCAAACAAAAGGACAUUCAGAGGAAGAAAAAGAUUGUCAAACUUUUGAUAACGAUUACCAUUUUAUUUAUAGUGUGUUUUUUGCCGUUCGCUUUGGUCUCAGCCAUGAAAGUUUCAUCGCGCAGUUUGUUCUACAAAGUGUCUUACUUCAUAGUGUACUGCAGCUGUUCUCUAAAUCCAGUGGUUUACGCCUUUCAAAGUUCAAACUACAGAACAGGCAUAAGGUAUCUCUGUGAUGAGAGACGGAGCCGUUAUAUUAUGAAUUCUGGGAACGAUGUCCUUUAACUAGGAAGCCUUGAUGACUCGUUAAAUGCCGACAAUGAUUUUGCAAAUUCCUUUGAAAUAAAACAAUUUAGUAUAAUUUCAGAGC